AUGUCUAGUAGUGAUGCUGCUACUAGUACUACACAUGUUUUAGAGGAAGAAGUUGUAACAAUAAACCAAGACGAAAACACCCCGAAAACACUUGCGGCGAAUAAGCUCCUCCGCCGCUACGACUCAUUGGACAUUGAAUCUGCCAAACUCGCCCGGCGCUACCACCACGCGGCCGCCGCCUCCACUGAAAAUGGAGGGUGGGUGGUUUUACUGCAACUGGCGUUCCAAAGCAUAGGGGUGGUGUAUGGGGAUCUGGGAACAUCGCCGUUGUAUGUAUUCCCAGGUGUAUUCAGUAAUGGGAUUAAAGAUGAAGAUGAUAUUCUCGGUGUUUUGUCUCUCAUUCUUUACACUCUUACCUUAUUACCUCUCCUCAAAUACGUUUUCAUCGUCUUACGUGCCAACGACAAUGGCGAUGGAGGGACAUUUGCUCUGUAUUCUCUGAUAUGCCGAUAUGCGAAAGUUGGAUUAAUUCCGAGUGAAGAGAUGGAAGAUCAAAACGUGUCAACAUUCCAACUCGAGUUGCCCGAUAAUCGCACGCAAAGAGCAUCGAAACUUAAAUCAAAGCUCGAGAAUAGCAAUUUCACAAAGUACUUUUUGUUGUUUGCUACAAUGCUUGGAACAUCCAUGUUGAUUGGUGAUGGUGUGCUUACUCCAUGUAUCUCAGUAUUAUCGUCAAUGAGUGGACUCAAAUUGGCUACACAAGCUAUGACCGAAGAUAGAAUUGUGUGGGCAUCAGUUGGGAUCCUAAUAUUCUUGUUCACGAUUCAAAGAUUCGGAACGGACAAAGUGGGAUACACAUUUGCUCCAAUACUGAGUGUUUGGUUCUUUUUAAUAUCUGGAAUCGGUCUCUAUAACAUAAUAAAACACGACCCACUUGUCAUCAAAGCUAUAAACCCGAAAUACAUAGUAGAUUACUUCAGGAGGAACCAAAAGGAAGCAUGGAUUUCCCUUGGUGGUGUUGUUCUUUCCACUACAGGAACCGAAGCAUUAUUUGCUGACGUUGGUCACUUCUCCGUCAGAGCAAUACAAAUAAGUACGUGCAGUGUCGUUUACCCAUCGAUCAUGCUUGCAUACACCGGACAAGCCUCUUAUCUUCGCAAACACAUCUCCGAUGUCGAUAAUGCCUUUUACGCUUCUGUCCCAGGACGCAUGUAUUGGCCGAUGUUUGUGGUGGCAGUGAUGGCAUCGAUUAUAGCAAGCCAAUCUUUAAUCUCGGGCACAUUUUCAAUAAUCCAACAAUCACUUUCCCUCGGUUGUUUCCCCCGUGUUAAAGUUGUGCACACGUCUACAAAGUACCCUGGUCAAGUCUACAUUCCCGAGAUCAAUUACCUUCUUAUGCUGGCUUGUAUAUUUGUCACUCUUGGAUUUAGGAACACUACAAAGAUUGGCAAUGCUUACGGGAUUGCUGUGGUGUUUGUGAUGGCACUCACAUCGGCAUUUCUAGUUCUGAUUAUGAUCUUGAUUUGGAAAACUCACGUGCUCCUCAUAAUCGCAUAUGUUUUCACCAUUUUCGCGGUCGAGCUAGUGUAUCUGAGCUCGGUUCUUUACAAGUUCGAUCAGGGGGGUUACCUACCCCUUGCAUUCGCCAUGUUCCUUAUGACAAUCAUGUUUGUGUGGAACGACGUGUACAGAAGAAAGUACCACUUUGAACUCCAACACAAGAUCUCUUCGGAAAAAGUCAAAGAAAUCGUGGACGAGACGAACUCUCAGAGACUCCCCGGCCUAGCAAUUUUUUACUCGGAGCUCGUACAUGGAAUCCCGCCAAUAUUCAAGCAUUACGUGGCGAAUGUGCCUGUCCUUCACUCGAUAUUGGUGUUUGUUUCGUUCAAAUCAUUGCCUAUUAGCAAAGUGCCAAUAGAAGAAAGAUUCCUUUUCCGGAGAGUACAACCUAAAGAACUUCAAGUGUUUAGGUGUGUUGUGCGUUAUGGAUAUACGGAUGCAAGAAACGAGGAAGAGCCGUUUGAGAAAAUGUUGGUCGAGAGGUUGAAAGAGUUCAUUAGGGAGGGGUAUUGUAUAAAUGAAGAGGAGGAAUCGAAUGAGAUUGGUGGUAAUGAAGAUGAAUUAAAUGAACAAGUGGAGAGGGAUGUCGAGUAUUUGGACAAGGCGUGGCGGUGCGGGGUGGUGCACUUGAUGGGGGAACAAGAGGUGGUGGCGGCAAAGGGGGCCAACGUUGUGAAGAGGUUGUUGAUUGACUAUGGGUAUAACUUCUUGAAGAGGAAUUUGAGGCAGACCAACAAUGUUUUUGAUAUUCCUCACAAGAGAAUGCUUAAAGUUGGGAUGACUUAUCAACUUUAAUUUUUUAUUUUUAUUUUUCUUCAUCUCAUAUCUAAAUAAAUUAUAACUCAUGUUAUAUUAUUACAUUUCAAUC